UCAGUGCGAGAAGUUACGUUGUCCGAACUCAGGGACUCGAUAGCGAGGAUACGGGAGAAAGUGAAGCUAGUAUGCAGGACGAGGGGCUCGCCGCCCCCGAGAGUGCACUGGCUGAAGGACGGUGUACCGCUGCACCCCCGAAGAGGCCUCAGGAUCCAGCACAAACGGCGGAGAUCGAAAGUCUUAAUAUCCUCCGCAAAGCUUAAGGACAGUGGCAGAUACGAAUGCGUGGCUGAGAGUUCUUCCGGUCAUCGGGCCUCACUUGCGGCCCAACUUCUAGUCGCUCACGAUACCAGAAUUGCGGAAACAACGACAGCGGCGUGGCCGCGGCAGGAACAGCCCUGUCCAAUAGCAGGAGACUUUUGCAUGAACGGUGGUACCUGCCUAUUUUUCGAGACUGUCGGUGAACCAGCAUGCAAAUGUGCGGAGGGUUUCACGGGUCUGCGGUGCGAGACGAAGGACGUCAGCAGCACCGGAAGUGUGUAUAACCGGCGUAGGGCACCCUUUUCCUGCAAGCUGGGACUCUCUACCUCGUACUACUGCUAGCGAUAAUCGCGCGGGGCCCUUUUUAACCAUGAGUAGACCUUUUACUAUCCUCGCGGUGUACUGCGAUGUAGGGGAACCCACGAGACAGAGUCGUGAGAGGGCCAACGCGCGACCAAAGAGGGAAAGGAAAAUUGCGUGAGCGGA